AUGCUCUUAGCCCUUCCGAAUACCUACACCAAAGAACGGUGGGGAGCGAAACUCCUUGAAAUCGUGGCCGGCGAAGCUGCAGAGGUGUGCGAAGCUUUGCCACUCGAAAAGAUCACCAAGGAGGGCGGCCAUACCUUGAUUCUGGAAGCUUUGGAUGAGAGGUAUAAGGAACUUCAGAAAGAGGCGCUGCAUAACCACUUGCAGGAGUACUUCUACGGCAUGCAGAUCAGGCCGGGCGAAACCUAUCGCAAUCUGGAGGUUCGGCUACAGACUGCGUACAGACGGCUGCAAGAGCAUGCUAUUGAGUUACCUUCGGAAGUUCGUGGCUGGUUCUUGAUGAGGAAGCUUCAGCUGGAUGCAUCAGCAGAAGCUUUGAUCAUGACCCAUACAAAGGGGUCACUCAAGCAUGAGGAGGUCACCCGUGCUGUGCAAGCGAUCUUUCCACAGGGCGUUGCCAAGAAUGUUCAUGGGAAGACCAAGGAGGUCUUCGAAGCCGAUGACCACGGUGGAACCGUGGAUGCCGAGGAGACUGCAGAGGACGUUUUCCAGGCGGUGGCAGACCAAGUGCAGUCUGCAGAUGAGUAUGAUGAUGAAGAUGCCUUAGAUGUGUUCGAGACCUACAAGGAGGUGCGAAAACGUGUUCAGCAGAAGAAGCUUGGCAGGGGCUACAAGAACGACGAGAGCAACCAGUGGAAGUUGUCAGGCACGGUUCGUGGAAAAGUGGAAUUGCUGAAGAGCAAGACCAAGUGUCAUUUGUGCCAUGAACGUGGACACUGGAAAAGGGAAUGCCCUCGACGUGGCCAAGGCGGCUCAGGGCGGCAGACUCGUGCCAGUGGUUCCAAGGAGGCAAUGGUGGCAGACGACGGCGUUGACGGGUACAAGGACAUCGAGUAUGAGCACUUCCUUGACGUGGAUGAGAUCGGCAAGUUUGAGAUAUUUCUUGCAGAAAGAGGCGAUCAGGUGGAAGUGGUUUUGGCGAGCCAACAAGAAGCGAUGUGUGAAACCGGUGAAGUGAGCGGGGACUUUGAGAGUAGUUUGACCGAGUUUUUGAACCAUUCGGGAGCCGAGGACAUGCGUGCCGAUGAGGUAUACAUGUCUGAGUGCAAGCAGCUGGCGAUCAAGGCAGCAGUUUUGCCAGGCAAGUACAGGGUCCGGGUGAAACUUCGUGAGACAGAGCGCGGACACUAUGCACUUCCGUUGUUCGAGGGCAUGCAGCAGUGCAGAGCAGAACUGCAGGAGGUGCCGAAUGUGCCCAGAGUUCUGCCUACGAGCAUGAGCUACACGGGCCAAGCCAUGAGCGACACCCCGAUGAUGGGCCACGGCCAGAGUCAGCUCAUCAUGGAGCUGAUGGACGAAGUGGCGAAUCAAGCUGCAGCGUCGGACGGGCAGCUCACGGACGUGAGUGCCAAAAUUCUGGACGAGGCAGCCGAUCUCAGCGAAGACGAGCUCGACGCAACAGUGCCAGGCAUCGAUGGCUCGCUGGGACAAAGGAUCUUCAACAUCGGGAAGUUUCAGAAAUCAGGCCAGCUCAUGACAUUCAAGGUGGCAUACGAGCAGGACAAGAAAUAUGUGGCGUGGGUGAGAAAGUUCAUCAAAGGCAAGAAUCCAGAUCCCACGAAGACCAACCACCCGACAAUGUCUCAGUUCAGGCUGUACAUCGCUCUUCGGGAUCAGCGGAAGUCUCUUCGCCUGCAGAUGAAUCCAGAGCUCAGCGUGCAACCACAAGGACCGUCACCUUCGAUGAUGAACGCUCGCCCAAAGGUAAGGGCAGCCACGGGGCAGCAGCAGCCCAAGGCAAGAGCUACCAUGGGGACUCAGCGCAGGGCUCCGAUGACCUCCGGCGCCAUGAGUGCUGCAUCGUCGGCGCGGAUGCUGCAUCCACCAGCGACGGCCUCUCAGUCAUCAGGAACAUGGGAGGAUCAAUGGGUGGUGGCGACAGAGCCCGAGGCGGAGACAGCGACAGAGACAGUCCAAGAGCGUCGUCGCAGGGCCAUCCGCGAGCAGAUCGAGCUUCUGACGUUUCAGUUGGAGGCGAUGCAGGAGGAAGCAGAGGACCUGUGA